AUGUCGUCGUCUUCAUUAAACCAUCCACUAUGUCUCUUUAUCUCCUCUCUCCUCCUUAUCUCCUCCGGCGAGUUUCCCUCUGUCGCCGGACAUGACUCGCCGGGAAACUCCAAAGCCACCGCACGCGCCUUGAACAGAGCAAGAAGGAACAAACAAACCACCGAGUUUUUACACGCGCACAACAUAGCGCGUGUUGCUUCAGGCGCGUCGAGUCUCAAAUGGGAUAAAGGCCUGGCCCGUUUCGCAGCUAAUUGGGCCAAACAACGUAAAUCAGAUUGUAAAAUGACCCAUUCAGGUGGGCCCUACGGAGAGAAUAUCUUUUGGUAUCAAAGGAGUGAGAAUUGGUCGCCGAAGAGAGUGGUUGCGAAAUGGAUGGAGGAAAGUUUGAAUUACAAUCCGAUUACUAACACAUGUGCAUCUGAUAAGAUGUGCGGUCAUUAUACACAGAUCGUUUGGCGUGCAACUACAGCCGUUGGAUGCGCACGUGCGAGAUGUGACAAUAAUCGUGGGUUUUUAGUGGUUUGCGAGUAUUCUCCUUGUGGAAAUUACGAAGGCGAAAGUCCUUUUGAUUUGCCUAUAAAAUUAUAA